GCCAAAUACGAGCUGCUUAAUGAGCCGAACAUGAGUUGUUCGCGAACAACGAGAUAAAUUGACGGCCCUAGUCCUAAUACUUUUAAUCUUAUAUGUUGCCAGGAAGCAGUGGCCCAACUUCAGCUAGAAGCAUCCGUUUCUAAGUGACUCUGGCCAUGACCACCACCUGUUCGCCAAAAUGCCUGACCCAAAAAUUAUCUCGUGGACGCGCACGAUAUCUUCUUACAUCAAAAACGGCCACGCAGAGCUCGGGCUGCGGGAAUUUCGUCGGAUGUGCGAAUGUGGUCUGAGACCUUCCGAGUAUGGCUUAUCGCUUGCUCUCAAGGCCUCCCGCCUUGCACGUGAACCUACCACUGGCAUGCUUCUCCAUGGCCGAACAAUCAAAGCCGGGUUCGACGCCAAUCCAUUUUGCAGCACUUCCAUUCUUGAUAUGUACUGUAAGUAUGGUUACAUGAAUGAAGCUCGACUUUUCUUUGACCAAACUAUAGUAAAAUGCGAAGCUUUGUGGAAUUCAUUCAUCGAUGGAUAUUCGCGGCAUUCAGAUGCUCAAGAGCCCGUCGCAUUGUUUCACCAGAUGCUACUUUCUUGUACUUCUCCAAAUUGUCAUACUUAUAGCAUUUUCAUCAAGUUUGGGGCAGCAAAUUUUGACAUUGGUUUUGCGAGAUUCUUGCAUGGUCGAGUUAUUAAGAUUGGUUUUGAAAGUGAUUCUUUUGUUUGUUGCGCUCUUAUUAAUGCUUAUGGGAAAUUUCAGGAGCUAGCUGAUGCUUGCAGCUUGUUCUGGGGUAUGGAAGAGCGCGACGAUGUUGUUUGGUGUGCAUUACUAGCAGGUUUGCAGCAAGGUGUUGCAUUCUUGCUUGCUGAAGUCGGGGCAUGAGAUGGACGCUUUCAUUGGGAGUGCUUUGAUUGACAUGUAUGUUAGUUUUGGAAUAACCCACGAUGCAUAUAAAAGCUUCCUUGGAACGGCAGAGAAGAGUGGAGUGAUCUAUAGUACAAUGAUUCAUGGUUUUGUUUGUGAUUCAGAGUUUGUUGCUGCAGUUGAUAUGUUGAUUUUGAUGGGGAAGCUUGGCAUGGUUUUUGAUCGCUCUACCGUUGCUUCUAUGCUGAGAGCUUUUUCAAGUCUAGAUAUGCUUGAAGAAGCCAGGGCUAUCCACUGUCACAUUGUGAAAACAUUGGGGGAGAAAGAUCUUAUUAUGGGAAACAGUCUUAUAGAGAUGUACUCAAAUUUCCGGGCAAUUGAUGAAGCUGUUAAGGUAUUCAUGGCUAUUGAAGUGCCUAAUGAGUUUUCAUGGACUAGCCUAAUGCUGGGCUAUGUUGAAACACAGAGAAAUGACGAAGCUUUUCAAUUGUAUCAUAUAAUGCUGUCAUCAUGUUCAACUAAACCAAAUGAGUACACACUUGUUGCUGCUCUACAAGCUUGUUCCGGUCUUUCAGAAAGAUGGGAAGGAAAGCAAACUCAUUGUUUUAUCAUAAAGAUGGGAUUUUUCUUGCAUGCCUAUGUAGAAUCUGCUUUGAUUGUAAUGUAUACGAAGCAUGGUUGCAUGGAUGAUGCAUCUCUAAUUUUUUUGAAUUUAGUGGUGAUGGAUGUUGUUUCGUGGAGUACAAUGAUAGCAUCCUAUACUCAACAUGGAGAUGCGGAGAAAGCCCUGCACACCUUCCUGCUGUACAAAGAGGAAACUUCAUAUAUUGACGAAUCUAUCAUUUCUAGCUGCCUUUCAGCCUGUUCAAGUUUAACUUCAAUUGACAUGGGAAGAUGUAUCCAUGAAAGCUGUGUUAAAAUUGGAUAUGAUGCCAACUUACAGGUUAGUGGAGCCAUUCUGGAUAUGUAUUGCAAAUGUGGGAGCAUCGAGGAAGGCAAUCAGUUCUUCAAUGAAAUGAGAGAACAUAAUGUGAUAUCUUAUACGGCAAUGAUUUCCGGAUAUUCACAACACGGGCUUGUUCUGAAUGCUCUUCACUUGUUUGAGGAAAUGAAGGAACGUGGUGUUAAGCCUGAUGGAGUAACUUUUGUUGAAAUUCUUUCUGCAUGCAGCCAUUUUGGGUUGUUGAAAGAAGGAUGGGAAUACUUUGAGUCUAUGACAGAGUAUGGUUUGGAGAAAACAAUGAAUCAUUAUGCCAGUAUGGUUGAUCUUCUUGGGCGGGCCGGGCAUUUGGAGAAAGCAGAAGAUUUGAUUAACAAUGCACAAUUUCCUUUGAAGACCUCUUUGUGGAGAACCCUACUUGGUGCAUGCAAUAAGCAUGGGGAUGUCAAAAAUGGUGGGCGGAUAGCUGAAAUAAUUUAUAGGUCUGAGCCAAAUAAUACAUCAAAUUAUGUGAUGCUUUCAAACAUUUUUGCAUCCAAUUCUAAGUGGAACCAUUCCUUUGAGGUUAAGAGCAAAAUGAAACAAGAAUUUAUGAGGAAAAUUCCAGGAUAUAGCUGGAUAGCUUAGGUAUGUUUACACGUAAAGUUCCUAUAUAGAAUAUAAAUAAAAUGAUAUUGCUCAUUCCAAUUAGUAAUUUUGCAUUCAAGAGGCGUUCCAUGUUAUAGCCCUGCUGCUUUUGCUUCAAUUCAAAUAAAAAAAAUGAAGUAGAAAUAAUACGCUAUCUUUUCUUCUGAGGUUCAAACCAUUUUUGGCUGCUGCAUUUUGCGUUUUGAUGCAUGAUCUGUAAGUGUAUAAUCUUCCAUUCAUUCUUCGGUUGUUUUUAAGUCUCAAAUGUCAGGCAACACUGUUGAAGUUUACAGAUACCACCAAAUUUGUAGCCACACCUUAUUCAAGUUUCAUUGAAAAGGCAUUU